AUGAUGUUCGUCGUUCUGACGGUGUGGGGGUUCCGUGAGCACAAGAGCAACUUCGCCCUCCUCAUCUCCCUGGGCGAGAGCGAGAAGGCUGCCAUCUUCUUUGUCGGGGAGAGAAGCGCCAUGAUCAGGCGUUCCCUCAGGCUGGUGGAGGUUACCGCGGACCCCCUCUCUUACGUGGGAGUCCUAUCGGAAACGUUCUUCGGACAGGAAUAAGAAAGGUUCUUCGGACGUUUGCUUGAAAUAGCCUUCUCGUGCCAGGUAUGAAAAACGUUCUUUGGAAAGGCAAAAGAACAGAACGUCAUUCGGGUUGGUACGAGAAGCGUUGAUCCGAUAGGAAUAAGCAAGGUUCUUCGGACGUUUGCUUGAAAGAACUUAACCAUCACAGGUAUGAGGAACGUUCUUCGGAUAGGUACUGUAAGUGAAACAAAGGAUAGGCAUGAGAAACGCGCCAUGGUCAGGCGCUCCCUUAGGCUGGUGGAGGUUACCGCGGACCUCCUUUCUUACGUGGGGGUCCCAUCGCAUACGUUCUUCGGACAGGGAUGCGAGGUCAAUGGUCUAACGACUACGGCAAGGACGACGAUGAGUACACCCCCACGCCACCGCUUGUUAUCGGAGAGACUUUGGACGCGGUGUCGGCAUUCCUGAAACUUCUCUGCGAACCCGCCAGGAUCCACUAGCAGAUUUCAAUCAGGCCGGCUUCCCAACGAACAUAAGCCAUCUCGUAUUUGCUGGAAUAUCAAGCACGAAUACACGUUUUACUG